AUGUAUAAUUCCGUAGAAGAUAGAAGUGGAAGUGAUAAAGAUUUUGUGAGUCCUGACUUUACACCUAGAAGAGCCACUAGACAUAGGACAAAGCCAAAAAAAUAUGAUGAAUAUCUAGAUACAACACCAGCGAAAAGAAAAACUUAUAAACAUAAUGAAAGUUCUGAUGAAGAAUUUACUCUUGAUGAAGAAUCUGCACAUAAGCCUAAAGCACUUUUUGGAAAUGAUGAUGUGGACGGGCAAGAUAUUUUUAAAUUCAAAUCUCGUCACACAAAAAAUGAUCUUCAAAAUAAAGUCAAAGCAGCUGUUAUUAAUUUAACUAACUCGCCAAUGAAAACACCAAAAAAGAACCUACUCCUAAAAGUUGAUGAGGCUACCCCAAAACAUGUUGUUAAUAUUAUGAAAAAAAAAAUCAUUCAGGCAGUAGAUAGUGACAGUUCUGAGAGUGAUUUUUCUGGAAGUAGCAGCGAUUUUGUCCCAGAUAAAAGUGAUGAAGAGAGUGAUUCAUCUCAUGGCAACAGUGAAUCUGAUGCAGAAGAGGAGAGCGAACCAAAGAAACCAACCACUCAAAUUACAGCAACCAAAAGCAAAGUUAGACAAAAACACACUGAAUAUUUUGUUACUUCAGAUAAUUAUUUUAUGAUGAAUUCUAGUAAAAAGAUAACAACAUCAGACCACACUCUCGCUAGGCUUAAAAAUUUGAAUCUCAACAAUAAUAUAAAAGAUGUGGACAUUCACAUGUCAAAUGAACAUAAAGAUAAAAUUACCGAUUUAAUACAAUCAUACGACCAAUUAUUUAAUAGAUGGUUAUAUGUUUUGAGUGAAAAUUUCAACGUCAUUCUGUAUGGAAUUGGAUCAAAAAAGACUGUAUUACAAAGAUUUCAAAUGGAGAAAAUUCAAAAUAUGCCAUGUAUUGUAGUUAAUGGUUUCUUUCCUAGUUUAACUGUGAAGAAUAUUCUAGAAACAAUUGUCAUAGAUCUAUUAGAAAAUACUCAUGUCUCAUCUAAUAUAGGAGAUGUAGUGAGCUUAAUUGAUUCACAAUUAAUAGAAUAUAGUGUGGAAUUAUUUUUAAUAGUGCAUAAUAUUGAUGGUAUAAUGUUGAGGAGUUCCAAGGCACAGUCUGUUUUGGCUAAUUUGGCUCGGUUGAAGAAUAUACAUUUGAUUGCUACAAUAGAUCAUAUAAAUGCACCAUUGUUAUGGGACCACAACAAACUAAGUAAGUUCAACUUUACGUGGUGGGACGUCACCACAUUUCUGCCAUAUAUCGAAGAAACUUCAUUUGAGAACUCUCUGAUGACGCAAAGGAGUGGCGCCUUACAACUGUCGUCUCUCAAGAGCGUAUUCCAGUCACUCACUACUAACGCCAAAGGAAUAUUUCAAAUCAUUAUUGAAUAUCAGUUGGAAAAUCAUAAACAAACUCAUUAUCAAGGGCUGCCAUUCAAGGACUUAUAUUCAAAGGCUCGUGAGCACUUCCUCGUCAGCUCCGACCUGGCGUUGCGAGCUCAGCUUACUGAAUUUUUAGAUCAUAAACUGGUGAAAAUAAAAAGGACUUGUGAUGGCAGUGAGAACCUCGUCAUACCCAUAGAGAGUGGAUUGUUGCAGCAGUUUUUGGAUCAGCAAAGUAUUAUGCAG